GUUUAACUCAGAGGCUCAUGGUUCACCUAGAAUGCUUCCAGCCUCGCUGAUUCAUUCCGAGGUUUGGCUGCAUCAAGCACACCUGUUUCAGCCAUUUCUGUUCCAACCAUUGCCACCACAAUGGCUGGCACAGCGCGGUCCGCUCAGCGCCUAUCACGGGCUUUCCACAUAACCCUUCAAUCUCCACCGAUCUUUUCCCAUCUGAGCGGAUUUCGUCCGCUUAUCGAUUUCGUUAGUCCAGGCGAGGCCGUGAAUGCUCCCGAGACGCGUCUGAACUCCGAGCUGCUUGACACAAACCACCGCUCCGGCUUGAGCCGAGCGCACUCAGACGCGUCGACCUUAAUUUUACUCAACCGUAUUCGCGCUCAGGAGCAUCUAUGGCGCGUUCGCGCGGACGCUGCGCGAGUGCUCGUCUCGCGGUGUGCACCGAGCAGCGCCGCUGCCAGUGGUGCCUCCGCUGGGUUGCACUGGCGCGCGGGCGCAAGCGGAAGGGUAGGCGGCGGGGGAUUUCCGCGCGGAUGGGCGGAGCUGCACCGGGUGGGAUUCGCGUGGGGGGAGCCGCGCAGAUUUCUGCACAAGAUUGCGGUGGAAGAGGAGACGGGGGAAGGGGGAAGGGGAAGGGGGAAGGGGAAGGGGGAAGGGGGAAGGAAGGGGGAAGGAAGGGGGAAGGAAGGGGGAAGGAAGGGGGAAGGAAGGGGGAAGGAAGGGGAAGGAAGGGGGAAGGAAGGGGGAAGGAAGGGGGAAGGAAGGGGGGAAGGGGGAAGGAAGGGGGGGAAGGGAAGGGGGAAGGAGGGGGAAGGGAGGGGGAAGGGGGGGAAGGGAGGGGGAAGGGAGGGGGAAGGGAGGGGGAAGGAGGAAGGGGAAGGGGGAAGGGAGGGGGAAGGGAGGGGGAAGGGAGGGGGAAGGGAGGGGGAAGGGAGGGAAGGGAGGGGGAAGGGAGGGAAGGGAGGGGAAGGGAGGGGAAGGGAGGGGGAAGGAGGGAAGGAGGGGGAAGGGAGGGGAAGGGAGGGGAAGGGAGGGGGAAGGGAGGGGGAAGGGAGGGGGGAAGGGAGGGGGAAGGGGGGGGGGGGGGGGAGGGGGAAGGGAGGGGGAAGGAGGGGGAAGGAGGGGAAGGGAGGGGGAAGGGGGGGAGAGGGGAAGGGAGGGGGAAGGGAGGGGAAGGGAGGGGGAAGGGAGGGGGAAGGGAGGGGGAAGGGAGGGGAAGGGAGGGGGAAGGGAGGGGAGGGAGGGGGAAGGGAGGGGGAAGGGAGGGGGAAGGGAGGGGAAGGGAGGGAAGGGAGGGGGAAGGAAGGGGAAGGAAGGGGAAAGGGGGAAGGGAAGGAAGGGGGAAGGGGGAAGGGGAAGGGGGAAGGGGGAAGGGGAAGGGAGAAGGGGGGGACGAGAUAGACGAAUUUGCGGUGGAAGAGGCGAAGCCUGCACACAAGUACCGCAUGACAGCAGCAGUGGAAGGGGGCUUCUCGUUUACCAGUGACUUGGCCCCGACCAAUGGUGUUGGGGGCACAGCACCCACCCCCAUGGACUAUGCAGCGGCAGCAGUUGCCAUGUGCACAGCCACCACUGUCAGAUUAUACGCGGACGGAAGCAGUGGUCUCUGACUCACAUCGCUGUUACGGUGGAACCAACCACCCCGUUACCUCUUUUGAGAUGUUUCAAAAAUCGUAAGCAGCUGCCUCUAACUCACAUCGCUGUUUUGAGGCGCCUCAAAGCUAGAAUCGGAAGCAGCGGCGUCUGACUCGCAUCGCUGUUACAGUGGAACCAACCAC